AUGGGUGAUUUUGAAAAGGGUAAGAAGAUCUUUGUUCAGAAAUGUUCACUAUGCCAUACGGUUGAAAAAGGAGGAAAACACAAGACAGGCCCCAAUCUCUGGGGACUCUUUGGCCGGAAAACAGGGCAAUCUGCAGGAUUUUCUUACACAGAAGCAAACAAGAAUAAAGGUAUUGUCUGGAAUGAAAAUACACUGAUGGAAUAUUUAGAGGAUCCAAAGAAAUAUAUUCCUGGAACAAAAAUGAUCUUUGCUGGCAUUAAAAAUAAAAAUGAAAGAACAGAUCUCAUUACAUAUUUGAAAAAGGCAACUUCAUCAUGAAAUAUUGUAGUUUCUGAAUACCAAAAUAUUCCAUCUGGUGUUUUAUUAUUGUUCUGGCAGGGG